AUGAGAACCACUGAUCUAGAGAAUCAGAAUACGACUAUUUCCAUAUAUUUCCAUAAUUUGAUGUAUCAGAUGUACAGAAACCAUGAUGAAAAAGACGUUCUUGAGGAUUGCUGCGGGGGAGAACCGAACUCCACUAACUCUUUAUCGCCUGACCAGUGGGUGCCGUGGACAAAGAUCGUGGUGCUGGACAACGGCACCGUGACCAUCCGAGGGCCUAUGGACAACCUCCUGCGGAUCCUCGCCGACAAAAUGAACUUCGACUACGAGUUAGUGCAGCCGGAAGACCGCGUGUGGGGCGUGGCCAAAGCCGAUGGAAACUGGACUGGAAUGUUGGGGAUGUUACAGCGAGAGGAAGUGGAGAUGGCAGUGGGUCCCUUCGCCGUGUCGCGCGCCCGUGAGACCGUGUGUGACUUCUCUGAGCCCGUCUACAGCGAGAACAUGGCGGUGCUCAUGGUGCGUCCGAGCCUGCAGAGUGAGCUGGCUGGGUUCCUGAUGCCCUUCACCCCGAUGGUCUGGCUGCUGACCCUGGCCGCGACCCUGAGCAUCUGCCUCGCCUUCUACAGCGUGGUCAAGUGCGAGGCCAACAUCUUCGGCCUCGUUCGAGCAAAGCCUUGGGGAGAAGCUGCCAUGUGGGUUAUCAAAGCUCUCACGCAGGAAAGCACGACGGGGCUGCCAGUAACGGACGGCGCGCGCGUGGUGGUGGCGACGUGGCUGCUGGCGUCCCUCGUGUUCAUGUCGUCCUACAGCGGCAUCCUGACGGCCAUGCUGACGGUGCCAAGGGUCACCAUCCCUAUAGACUCCGUGGAGGACCUGGUUUCUCAGGGUGACUUGCCGUGGCGUCUGGAAGCGGGGUCCAUGAUGUACCAGUAUUACCAGGAGGCUACGGAAGGCGUGAGGAAGCAGGUGUUCGACGGUCACGAAGGAACCUUUCAGGACUGCUGGGCCGCGAGAGAGCCAAUCUCCAAGGGCGACUUCGCUGGCAUCUGUGACAUCACCACCAUGAAGAAGGCCAUGUCGUGGGACUUCAGUUCAACGGGGAAAUGCCACCUCUACAUGUCCAGGGAACCGGCCUACAGCAACGUCAUGAUCGCUAUGGCUUACAAAACGAACUCUACUUACAAGAAAGAAGCUAAUUUUUGGAUCCAGAGGGUGAAGGAAUCCGGCCUGAUCGACUUGUGGCUGAAGAGGGAGAUCACCAAUACGACGCAGUGCCUCCAGCCUCCCUCAGCAGAUAAGGCCUCGAGCCUCGUCAGCAGUUUGGAUUUCAACUCCUUCAUCGGGUCGUUGCUCGUGAUGGUGGGCGAUCGUCUGUUGUCUCCUUCAGGCCUGGUUCUCUCCAUGGUGGUCGCCCUCGUAGAGCUGUGUCUUGGAUGGAGCAGGACGCGUACAGGCGAUUAG